AUGCAGUGGCGCCGCAAUCGAGUAGCCACGUUUCUGUUCAGCAGCAAGAUGGCCAAGUCCUGCUGCUGCCUUGCGGCCGCCCUGGCGCUCUUGGCCAUCGUCUCUGUUCCGUGCAGCAGCUUCCGCGUCGGCAGGAGCAGCAGCAGCAGCUCUUUUGUCAGGCGGCGCGGAACGCAGUUCGUCCUCGACGGCUCCCCUUUCCUCUUCAACGGCUUCAACGCCUACUGGCUGAUGCACGUGGCCGCGGAGCCGGCGGAACGGCCCAAGGUCUCGGAGGUGCUCCGCGCCGCCGCAGCCGCAGGGCUCACCGUCGGCCGCGCCUGGGCCUUCUCCGACGGGGGAGACAGGGCCCUCCAGCUCUCCCCGGGAGUCUACGACGAGCGAGUCUUCCAAGGACUUGAUUUUGUGAUCGCGGAGGCUCAGAAGAGCGGCGUGAGACUGAUCCUUAGCUUGGCGAACAACUACAAGGACUUCGGAGGGAGGGCGCAGUACGUGGAAUGGGCACACGAAGCAGGCGUCGAAGUCAACGGGGAGGAUGACUUCUACACAAACCCAGUGGUGAGAGGAUACUACAAGAAUCACGUCCAGAAAGUGCUGACGAGAGUGAACAAGUUCACCAACGUAACCUACAAGGACGAUCCAACGAUCCUCGCCUGGGAGCUAAUAAACGAGCCUCGGUGCCAGGAAGACAACUCCGGGAAGACUGUCAAUGCUUGGGUUCAAGAGAUGGCUAGCUAUUGCAAGUCGGUGGACGAGAGACACAUGGUGGAGAUUGGGAUGGAAGGGUUCUACGGUGACUCCAUGCCUGAGAAGAAGCAGUACAAUCCUGGGUAUCAAGUUGGAACGGACUAUAUCAGCAGCAAUCUUAUUGAGGAGAUUGACUUUUCAACCAUCCAUGCUUACCCAGACGUUUGGCUCCCUGGUCAAAACGAGGAAGCACGGACCAGAUUCGUGCAGCGAUGGCUGCGGAGUCACUGGGACGACGCGGAGAAGACACUGAAGAAGCCGCUGGUUUUUAGCGAGUUCGGGAAGUCGAAGAAGGACCCCGGUUACUCCGAGCACGCCCGCGACGUCUACCUCGACGCCGUCUUCGCCGGCGUCUACGAUUUGGCGAGGAUCGGCGACGGGUCGCUCGGCGGCGGGCUGGUGUGGCAACUGAUGGCGCAGGGCAUGGAGUCUUAUUACGACGGUUACGAGAUCGUGCUGGCUCAGGACGCGGCCGCCAGGGCGGUGCUCUCCCGGCAGUCUCGCUUGAUGUCGGUGCUCGCCCGCACGUUGAAAGUCGCCGUCGCCGAUGAGAAGGAAGCGGGCCGUUUUGCGCCUCGCGGCGGCCGGGGAACUAGACGAGAAAGGAAUGCCCUUCAUCGAGGGUGAAUUUAUUAUGAAUAAGAAAAUGAUAGGGAU